CAGGGAAACACAUGGGACGAAAAUCAUGAUGACAAAAAUUCAAAACAAACAAUAAGCAGGUCCUACUGCAACAGAAUUAAUUGAGCAAGUACUCGAGUCAGCAAUUUGAAGUUUAUUUGAGCACACGAGGAAGUGAAACAAUGAAGAGCUGAAAAGAGGAAACAAGUCUCAUCUCAAAAUCACUGAUCACCUCUGUGUAUUGGGGCGGACUUUUCUCCCUAAAAAAAUCUAUCAAUCAUGCCCUCUUCAACGCAGCCUCCAGCUUUAUUGCUGUGGCACCAGCGACCUGCGGUCCGAUUUUUCUUGCUCGGCCUGUCCAAGGUGGCCGCUGGGUGGCACAUGCUCAGCGUGUUGUACCUGGCGCCAAGACCGGAGACCUUUGGAGGACGGUUCUGGUGCGCCCGACCUCAGCCUGCCCUCACCAGCUAUAAAUCUGGCAGUCCUUUGGAUGACCCUUGUCAGGGUAACGUUGCUGUUCAUUAUUUGAACGGGUCCAACGCUAGUUUUGAAUACUUCAGUGAAUGCAAAGAGUUUCACUUUGAGAUUAUCAAACCCACAAUGGUGUCUGAGUGGUCUCUUGUGUGCAGCAGAGAUUUCCUAGUGAAUGUCGUCCAACUCGGAUACCUGUUGGGGAUCUUUGCUGGUGGAUUUGCAACUGCUUCUCUUCAGCAAAGAUUUUCACCUAGGAUACUUUUUGUUGUGGCUGUAUUGCUGCAAGUGCUUGCUGGUGUCGGAUCAGCCCUUGUGCCAACCUUCGAGAUGCACUUUGUCCUGAAGAUGUUCACCGGCCUGGGAGUUUGCAUUACCUUCACUGUUGCUUUCAACUCAAUAAGCCAACAACAUUCUCGAUUUGGGCCCGAUGAGUUAUUGGGAGUUAUGUUCGAGCACUGGUGGUCUGUCGGAGUGAUUUCCUUGGGUUGGCUGCACCAACUGGCCCCUUCGUGGCGAGUCCUCCAGCUCAUGAUUUCACUGCCAUCCCUACUUUUGCUUCUCACAUAUUGGGUUCUUCCACAAAAAUCCAACCUAUGUUCAUUACUUGGUACUGAAGAGACCGAAGUACUCACAUAUAAUAAGCAAAGCAAAAAAGUGAUUUCGUUUGUUUGGUGGCAUUAUUGGUGCCUGCAGGUCAUGUGGUUGGUCACCAUUUUCAAUUACUACGGCGCCUUGUUGAACCUGAAAAAUGUCAGUGCGAAGAUUCCACUGCCUGUGAGAACAACUCUAGCUGGUGUCGCCGAAAUGCUUGGAGCAACUGUUGGUCUCUUCAUUCUACUGCAACGCGGAAAAUCGCAGUUCAACUUUUUGAGUGUCCUUCUUUUUGCUGGUGGAAGUUCCUGUGUGCUAACAUGGCCCUUUCUGCUUAAAGGAAUUGGCAGCGAUUGGACAAUUUUGGUUAUGGUGCUUGCCGGGAGAGUGGCCAUCGCUUGCUCCAUGGCCAUUCUGCAAAACGGAGUGUCCGUUGACCCUGAGGUUGGACUUGUGCUGCUCUCGUCAGGACGUCUGUUCCUUCAGGCAGCACCCUUCUCCAACUCUAUGUUUGCAAAAUGGGGCCGACUGCCGGCUUCCAGUUUCUACGGCAUGCUGUGCCUGGUGGCUGCCAUUUCUGCCCUGCUGAUGGCCAAAAGCACCGAGUGGAGGAGCUGUCAGCCCACACACCGCCGAAUGCCAAAUUGUGUUCUAGCCACAAAUCUGAGCAGCAAGAAUUUUUGUGAGAGGUGCUCAUCUGCAAAGGAUUCGCUGCAAAAUGUACCAUUUUCUCAAGAGACCUGAUGCUUUCUGAACUGGCAAGGUAGGAAACCAGUCACUGUAAUAAGCAUGCUGCAUGCCACCGUUAUUUGUAAUUUUCUUAUUAUUCAAUGGAGCGUUAAAAAAAGCCUCUUGUUGAUGUUAUAAUUAUUAUAUUUAAUUAUUUAUUCUCCAUUCAAAUACACAUCUUACAUCAAGUCAAUUCAUAUUUAUUAAUUUUAUUUUGGCCUGAAAGCUUCCAGAAUAAAUUGAAAAAAACCCAUUAUAUUCAAUUAUCUUGACUUUA